ACAAGGAUCCUCAUCCACUCCCCGAAAUCUUAAAAAAGCAUAACAGAAAAAAAGAAAGUACUAAAUCUUUUCGGAGUACUUAAGGAAAAAUGUAAACUAAUGAGUUUACUUUUAACACGCACUUAAAAACUGAAGAUCUUGAUGCCAGAUUCGAUUUGAUUUUGUAAUAUGAAAUCUGAGUAAAAAAAAAAAAUCUAGAAGAAAAGAGGAAAUUGUGAGAGUAAGUGAGGGAAGGAUGAGUAGUGGUAGUGGUAGAGGUAGUAGAACAACCAGAGUAGGGAAAUACGAAUUGGGAAGAACAGUUGGAGAAGGAACAUUUGCGAAAGUCAAGUUUGCUAAAAACGUUGAGACUGGGGAAAAUGUUGCUAUUAAGAUUCUUGAUAAAGAAAAAGUUCUUAAGCAUAAGAUGAUUGGUCAGAUUAAGCGCGAAAUAUCAACCAUGAAAUUGGUUAGACACCCGAAUGUGGUUCGUUUGUUCGAGGUUAUGGCUAGUAAGACAAAGGUGUACAUUGUUCUGGAGUUUAUCACAGGUGGUGAACUUUUUGACAAAAUUGCUAAACAAGGUAGAUUGAAGGAAGAUGAAGCGAGGAAAUACUUUCAGCAGCUAACACAUGCUGUGGAUUACUGCCAUAGUAGAGGAGUUUUCCAUAGAGAUUUGAAGCCUGAGAAUUUGCUGUUGGAUGGUAAUGGGGAUCUUAAAGUCUCGGAUUUUGGACUAAGUGCUCUGCCUCAGCAACUUCGAGAAGAUGGAUUACUUCACACGACCUGUGGGACACCAAAUUAUGUCGCUCCAGAGGUAAUCAACAAUAAAGGUUAUGAUGGAGCUAAGGCAGAUUUCUGGUCAUGUGGUGUAAUCCUGUUUGUCCUCAUGACAGGCUAUCUUCCUUUCGAAGAAUCAAACCUCAUGGAAUUAUACAAAAAGAUCUUUAAGGCUGAAUUUUCCAUUCCUUCAUGGUUUUCUUCCGGUGCAAAGAAAUUAAUCAAAAGGAUCCUUGACCCAAAUCCUUCAACAAGAAUUACUUUCCCGGAGUUAUUACAAAACGAAUGGUUUAAGAAAGGAUACAAGCCACCAGUCUUUGAACAAGAAGAGAUUAAUCUUGACGAUGUCGAUGCUCUUUUUAAUGAAGCUGCGGAAAGCAGAAAUCUUGUUGUAGAAAAGAGGGAUGAAAGACCAGUUACCAUGAAUGCCUUUGAACUCAUCUCUCAUUCUCAGGGUCUCAAUCUCAGCAAUCUAUUUGAUAAGCAGAUGGGACUUGUUAAAAGGGAAACUAGAUUUACCUCCAAACUUCCGGCCAAAGAGAUACUUGCUAAAAUCGAAGAAGCUGCCACUCCUUUGGGAUUUGAUGUAAAAAAGAAUCAGUACAAGAUGAAGCUUCAUGGAGGUAAGAGUGGACGAAAAGGACCUUUGUCCAUUGCAACAGAGGUUUUUGAGGUGGCUCCUUCAUUGUACAUGGUCGAGCUACGUAAAGCUGGUGGAGAUACACUUGAAUUUCACAAGUUUUACAAGAACAUAUCAACUGGUUUGGAUGACAUUGUGUGGAAAUCCGAAGGGGAAGCCAAGAAAACAGAAACUGAUGUUGCUGGGCCAUCUGAUAAUUUAAAGAAAAGUCCAAUCAAGUAACUUAAUGUAUUAGUUUUGUCUUUCUUUGAUUUAAGAUUUUGCCAUGUUCUUCCCACAAGGGAAUGAAUAACAGGUAGAUAUUUUACGGCGUUGUAACGGAACUGUACAAAUAAUACAUAUUAUUGAAUGGUGAAUGCUUGGUUCACUUAA